AUGUUCAUGAACAAAUCAAAGUACAACUUAUUAGAAUUACAAAAUAUUACGAAUUAUAAUCGUUUAUUCAUUCGACAGCAAAGUAUCAUCAGUCAUAAAGAAAUGUUAAAUACUUUGGAAUAUGCAGCUGAUGGUGCUGAUCCUUUUCUUACUACAAUAACAGGAGAAAAUGCUUUGUGCAUGGCUAUUUAUUAUUUUCUUGGUAAUCCAACAGAAAAUGAUUUUUCUUGCCUUGACAUGCUUGUAAAAACAGGAUGUGGAUUUGGGUUUGAAGAUAAGUGGUAUAACAUUUUGUUAGAAAUGACAUUUAGUAGUAAUCAUACAAGACUAGUACACUGGUUAAUUUUACAUUGUAAACUCCCAUCAUACAAGAUCUUACGAUGCUCUUCUACACCACCAAUAUUAAAUUAG